UCACGCCACAUCCCCUUAUCGGAACGGUUGCGGCUGAACGCACGUUAUGGGGACCGACUCUCAUGCUCAGUCGAGAGAGUGCAGUGCUGCCGUGUGGACGUUACACCUCCGGAGCACUUUUCGGGAAGCAGAGUGUGCGUGUGUGUGGUGUGAGUGUGCGUGAGUGAAGUGGUUGCGGUUGGAUAAGGUUAAGGUGGUAUUAAUUUUGUUAAGGCAGCAGGCCCACCGUGCCGUGCUAGUGAGUGUUUACAGUGUGAUCGGUGUGCUUUCUUUAUAUUAUCUGAUCGUCACACAAUAUCAAGAAGAAAAAAAAGUAAAAAAGCUGUGAAUUUACUCGAAUGUGAUUUAUCAGCAGUGUUUAUACGUGUGACCAGUAAUAGCAGUUGUGCGAAAGAAAGAAGAAAAAAAAUACGACCGUGGCGACGAACCCGUUUCAAUACGUACGGCUCCUUUCCGGCAUGAUAUAGGGGCUAUGGGACGGGCAGCAAACAGUGCUAACAUUUCACCAAGGUAUUGAUGCAGUCAUAGUCAACGUGUUGAGACGCAGGAAGAAAAAAGUGUAGUGACAGAGACGGCGGCGGGAAGAUGCCGUCACGGAAUGCCCUAUGGAUGUGGAUAAAGCUCCUCGGGCUGGCACUGGCGGUGCUGGACCACGCGCCGGUUGCGGCACAAUCGAACUCACCGCAAACAUGCCCACCGGGUAGCGACAUCAGCCCGUGCGUCUGCCAGGUGAAGAAGAAUGGGCUGGACAUACUGUGCGAGGCGACCGACGUACAGCACAUCACUAAGGCGAUGAGUGCGCUGAAGGGCAAGAGCCCGAUCAUCUUCUACCUGAAGCUGCGCCACAACAACUUACCGAAGCUGCAGGGUUUCGUGUUUCUAGCGCUUGACAUACGGCACCUUACCAUCCACAACAGCAGUCUCGCCACCAUCGAGGAAACAUCGCUCAGCUCGCUCGGACGUGGACUUACCCAGCUCGAUGUGUCCCAAAAUCAACUGAUGAGCGUACCGUCGAGCGCACUGAAGAAUCUUCACUAUCUGCUGAUACUGAACCUGAACCACAACCGCAUCUCGCAGAUCCACAACCGGGCGUUCGAGGGACUCGACACGCUCGAGAUACUCACCAUCUACGAAAACAAGCUCACAUUCAUCGAACCGGACGCGUUCCGUGGUUUGGACAAGAAGCUGAAACGGUUGAAUCUGGGCGGAAAUGAUCUUACUGCCGUGCCGCAGAAGGCACUCUCGAUGUUGGAUAAUCUGCGAAAGCUCGAGCUACAGGAGAAUCGCAUCAAAACAAUCAAGGAAGGUGACUUCGAAGGUCUGGAAAAUCUGGACUCGUUGAUUUUGGCCCACAAUCAGCUUACGGAAGUACCGGCAAGGGUAUUCUUUCACCUUACGCUGCUCAACUCACUCGAGCUGGAGGGUAACUCAAUCUCCUACAUCGCGAAGGAAGCGUUCGAAGGAUUGGAAGAAAACCUACAAUAUCUCCGCCUCGGGGACAAUAAUCUUCACAUCAUCCCGAGCGAAGCGUUGCGUCCUCUGCACCGUUUGCGACAUCUAGAUCUACGCUCCAACAACAUCUCCGUUAUUAGUGAGGACGCUUUUGUGGGUUUUGGCGAUUCGAUAACCUUUUUAAAUCUUCAGAAAAACGACAUCAAGGUCCUGCCGGCGCUCGUUUUCGAAAAUCUCAACUCCCUCGAGACGCUCAGCAUUCAAAACAACAAGCUAACGCGCAUACCGGAGGAAGUGAUGGAGCCGAUCAUGGACUCGCUGCGUGUCGUUGAUAUUAUGGAUAAUCCAUUGGUUUGUUCAUGCGAGCUCGUCUGGUUUCCGAACCUGCUGCGGGAGCUGAAAAACCGGGACGAUGAGAUGACCCAGAAGAAGCGCCCCAUGUGCACGAUGCAGAACGAACAUCGGGAGUACUACGUCCAGAACAUGCCACUGGAACGGAUGAACUGUGUCGGCAAGAAGUACCACACAUCGUCACUCAGUGGCAAUGGAAGUCCGGGCAAGGAGACACUACUACCAGCGCUGGUUGCAAUCGUGACCGGAAGCGCCCUGAUUGGUUACGGCAGACUCCGCUAGAUACCGGUACCCACUACGAGGGGUGAGUAGGUAGAAUGCGAUGGGGUGGGUGGGAAAGAAAGGAAUGAAGCAAACGGGCGCAAUUUUCUUUCCGUACAUUUUUGGAUGAAGCGAAUCUAGCGUGUGUAGUGUAGGGUAAGAAAUAGAAAGCUAGAAAAGUGAAGGAAAUGAAGAUAGCAAAAGAUGGAGAUGGAGAUGAAAAAAAAAGAAUAACUGCAAGAAUGUGGAAAAAAGCACCGGAAUGGGAAACAAAAACAAAUACAAAUGUCACUUUAAUUUUCCACACUUGCUUCUUUCUGGCUUUGCGAACAAACAAAGACACACCAAAGCGUACGAUUUGUGCGCGCCGGAACAGUGUCGGCGUUUUUGGUUGAUUCGCAACAAUCGUUCUCUAAAUGUUCGAAAUACCGACGGCACCCAGUUGGUGUGCACCGCGUAAGCAAACAAGCAAAACAAACAAAAAACCAAAAAUCACAUUACCAAAGAGUCUUUCAAUGAAGUAAACUAUGCAUACGUUUUCCGGAAUGUGCUCCUUUACUAACGAUCUUUAGCGAGCUCGUUCUGCAAGGAAAUGCUUCCGGAAACGGGGGAAAAAUGGUGUUUAGCUUCCAGGGCAAAAUAUUAAAGAACAAAGGUGUUAACAACACAUUUCACACAAAGCACCGAAUUUAUGUAUUGAAACGUGAACGCGUAGUAAAUACAACAUGCUUCAAAUGAUAUUUCCUUUUUUCUUUUAUGUUCCUUUGCUAAACUAGAGAGGAAACAGAUUUGUUUUUUUUAGGGCUUGUUGUGUGGAAAUUAUUUUCCUUAGGUUAGAAUUAUUGCAUGUAGGUUUAUAAGGUGCAAAAAAAGAAAAGCUUCAUGUUCACGCACUGUUCAUCAUAUUCAUCGUGUGCCACAUCAUAGAAUAACCGGGGGGAAAAGAAAAUCAUCAAAAGUAAGCAUAGAACGUAAGGAAAUGGUCACUUUAUGGUACGCUCGACACACAGCUCGGGUACGAAUCAAGCGCCUUCCAAGUGUUCCACCUAAACGAAACGUGGACUGUUGUCUAGUGUCAGGUACAAUGGUCCUCGUUUCGUGCACUGGAUGGCGAUUAUGUGUUUGUUGGGUUUUUUUGUCUCUCGUUUUUGUCUUCGUUUUAUUCAGGGACAAUCCCUUAUCAAGCAAUGCUUUCAUUUAGCCAAAAUACCGUAGGAUAGGAUCCUUUAAACGCCAUGACAGAUAGAAACGUUUCGCCUGAUCGAACGUAGCAGCGCAAAGAUGAAUGUAUUGAAAACCCUAUUUACAUGUAUGGAAGGUAUUUUACAUCUUCAAACUAAUACCACGAACAAGCGCUUCUACUGUGAGUGUUUUAUGUGUUGUGAAGCACCAGGCAAAAAACUAUUUACAAAGGCAAACCAAAACAUAAGUAAAGAAACACACGCACCUUCUGAAAAGCAAGCACAUAAUGCAUUAAAGAAAAACAUAUCAAUGUAUGAAUUUAAGCAUAACACUUAAGAACAUUUGCAUUAUAUCUAUAUACACGUGUACGCAUAUAAUUGCGUUACAAACAAAAACAAAAAACCUUUGCAAAUAUAUAUGUAUUGCACCAAAAUGUGAAGCUACUAUGUAAGAAGAUAACACAAUUCCUACCCUUACAAAACGGAAACAUAUCAUAAAAAAGAAUUUAAUUGUUGCAUUUGCAAACACAAAACCAAAAAAAAAUACACACAAAAAUUUCACACUAGAUGUCUAUAUUUAAAACAACAACCAUUCAAAACAAAAAGAUGGAUUAAAUGUUAUAAAACAAAACGUAACUAAACAAAAAAAAAGAAAACAUAUCAAAAACCAGUAUUCCACAACAUAUGAGAGCAUAAAAAAAAUAUGAGCAUAAGAUACCGGUUAGAUAAGGUGUAGCAGGUAAAACAUUCCAAAAGCAUAACCUUAUGUGGUGGGUGAAUAUGAAAUGAAACGAUACAAUCAUGUUGUUACAUUUUGAUACAUUAUUGUCUAUACAUCCACUUAUGUGGGAUUCAUGAAAACAUAAACCUCCCCCUUCUUUUUGCAAAAAAAAACAAAAUUGUACCAAAAACCACCACCACGGUUUCUACCAGUUUUUCCCCAACAAACACACUCCAAAAAAAAAACAUAUCAAAAUGGCGGGCGUAUAAGUGGGCCGUUUAGAGUAAGCCUCAUACGUAAAACAUAUCACCUUACCCAUGCGUAAGACAGGAAGACUCUAUUGGCAUGUAUGUACGGCACGUAUUUUGUGCCUAUGUUGUUGUCAACGCGUAAAGAAAGUGGGUCAGACGUAUAUCCAUGAUACAUAAAGUGCAUAUCAAUCUUUUUCCCCCUUUUUACUCUCGGUCAUCCUUCCUGUUUGCGUAAAACCAUUCCACAAUGCGUCGGUGUAAUGGGUUGAUCAAAUCAACUAAAUCUGCACAUUUAUUCACCUAAUACGUGUAUUAUUUUGGACAUUUUUUUGUUUUAUUCCUUAAGCUGUAUCCUUCAAGAUGAUUUAGAAAUAUCAGAAGAAAAAAAAAUCACUCACAUAUCCAAACAUAUCAUUAGGCGUUAAGCACAUUUAUCAUAUUUAAAAAAAACUCCCUUUUUUCCUCCAUUUGCUCUUGCGCUAUAAUGGUAGGAAGGAGAAAAGAAACUUUAAUUUGUAAGUGUAAAUCGAAACAAAUGCUACGGUGUGCCCAGCAGAACAGGAAAGUCCACAUGUACCCUACUAUAAUCUAUAUAUCCUAGUUGUGUAUGUAAGCCCUAUUGUGGACCGGUCCAUUCGGUCGCAACCAUUUUGCUUUCACGAUCGAUGUCAAUUAAGGUGUAUAAUUUUAAUUUUUGCGAAAAAAUUUUGGCAAACGCAAUGCACAAUCGAUGCAAACUUGAUGUGAUCACACGUCAAGAACGUUUCGAUGCACAGCCGAUGUUAAUCACCCGGUCCCGGACACACCACAACAGGGAGAGAAAAAAAAACUUCCUCUGACGUUUCAAUACAAUCAUUCAGCACAAAACCAUAUUACUAAUGCAACCAGUUUUGGUGUAAUUUUUCAACAUCUGUUACAAAAAACAUUAAUACAACAAAACAGGAGAAGAAAACGAAGAAACAUUUCAUGUCAAAUUUUGUACAGAAUGUUACAACCAAACGUGUUUAGUCAGACACACAACACAAGAAAUCUCUUUGUGCGAUGAAGCACGACACAGAUAGUCAGAUACACGACCUAGGUUAGGUAAGUUCUUUCUGGACGGUGGUUGAUAUAAGCGAGUGUUGGGCAGACGAAGAAAUUGUUAGGAACUCUAAGCCGUACGUUUCCAUGUUAGCAUGAUGCUGCUUUAUCGAAGCAAUGCUGAGAGAUGAUCAACAAAGGAACAUUUUUACAUUAAUAUUACAUUCUCAUAGAUGCACACACUUUAACGCAGGUUUUGCACAGCCAGUGUACGAGACACACCACACUGUAUGCACCUUACUAUCUUCUACCAGGGAUUAUAUUUUCAAGCACCGUAAAGGAUUACUUGUUAGCAAUGUUACUCUUUUGGUGUGAUAAGAACUUUUCAAAAGUUAAAAAAUAACAUCUUUUGUGUUACUACACGAGAUGAACAAAGAAAAGUCUAUUUGAUCUUUUAUUUAAUGUUCUUUGUUUUAGUUCAAAGCAACUAAAAUAAGAAGACGUUUUAAAAAUUUUGAGGAAUCCCUCAAAAGAGAUACUCUUUUUUUUCAAUUUCUUGUUCAUUCGAUCUAAUAAAUGUUUCAAAACUGUUAAGAACGAUUACAAAACGCCAAAAAUGUAUUAAAAAAAACAAAAAAUACAAAACACUCAACAGAAUGAGUUCGUUGGCGCAUUUUUCAACCUCAUCUUUACACUUUAGAUGUGUCUUGCUGUGAGCAAGCGUGUGUCUGUGUUGCAUAUCUGUAAGUGUGCGUUUGUGUGUGUGUGCAUGUUUAAACCCAUCAUUUUCCCGUCCCACGUGUUAGUGGAAGAAGAAACAAAAACAAAAAAACACGAUCGUACUUUACCAUGUUCUGAAUGGUGGCAAGCUACUGAGCACUGAUCUGAUCUUAAAGUGUAGUUUCAAUCACUUUCACUCUCUCACUAUAUCGGUGUUCUUGUUGCUCGCAACGCGGUGGCAGCUAAUGUUGAAAGGAUGGUACGAGAAAUAAAAAAAACUGUGCACAGAAACAAUUUAUUACCAAAAGCUCGAUCAUUAUCACGCAUAUAUGUAUACACUAAACAGGAAACAAUGGAAUAUCUCAUGACUCUCAACACUGUGUCAAUAGGUAGAAAAGGAACCCAUUGCAACCGCAACCAAUAAGCGCGUGGUGAUGUUCUAAGGUGAUGGGAGGAAUUCAAAUUAACACAACCAUGCACAACACUCCAAAAAACCCCACAUAUAGUACAUAGUACUACGGCAAAGAAAGCAAACUACUGUUACUCUAAUUGUUCGUUUAUUUACGAUACGAAAAAGCUUGUUGUUAUUGAAACGAUUUUCACAAGUUCUCAAGAAAUUACAAGAUUAUAAACUGAAAAAGGAAACAAAAAAAAACAAAGACAAGAGCAGUAAAUCUCACCAAGAUAAAAGAAGAACCAAGCAAACAGAAAAAUUUGCAUCCCACACGUCUCACAUGAGCACGAUUCAAUGAACCGAAAUGAAAAUAGAGCUGAAAUAGUAAACCAAGAAAACACACAACCGCAAACAAGUAGCUACAAACAAACCUGUAAUGUAAGCGCGUAGCACUAGAGAAGAAAGCAUGACAAGUAAAUAAAUCAACAAAAAACAAAAUACGCAAAAAAAAAAACAAAACAACCAUCUGGCAAUCUGUGAGCUAGUACAGUAGACAACUAAAACCCCAAUAGUAAACAGCAAUAGCAACUAGUGAAACACGUAGGUUCCGCAAAACUAGAGCACCCACCGGAACUGUUCCGUGGUGUACAAGGAUAAGGCAGGUUGUCGGAAAAUGGAGUUAUAUUUGUAUUUGCAGGUAUGAAGUGCUGGGCUAUAGAAAGCAAAACCCCCUACCAUCGUAGCACUUUCGUGGAAACUAGUGUGUGAAGGUUAGGGAAUGCAAUUGAGGUUUUGCUAAUAUCGAUGCAAAUGAAUGCAUACAAUAUGCAUUCAGGUAGAAGCGGUGAGAUUGUGUGAAUUCAGCUUCAGAGGAAUAUUGAUAUCGGUGCAUUAUGUGAACGGAGAAAGAAGCAGAGAGAGAGGGGGAGAGAGAGAGAGAGAGAAAGAGAAGGCAAUGGAACGAUGAGCCAUAAAUGCGAUGCUAAAUAAUAAAGAAAUUUUCCCCGAUUUGAUUCGGAAAGCCAA